CCCAAAGGUGAAAUCCUGAAGGAACGUGAUGACAAAUAUACUGGUUAUGCCAUACUGUCGCAUCGCUGGGGUGCCGAGGUCAAUUACGAAGAGAUGACUGGGCUGACGAAGAUGGGGGAAGGAGAGAGGAAUGAGGUCAGGGAGCGCUGCGGCUACCGAAAGAUUAUUAAGAGUUGUGAGCAAGCGAAGGACGGCUACGAAUGGUUGUGGGUAGACACCUGCUGCAUCGACAAACAGAGCAGUACGGAACUAUCGGAGGCAAUCAAUUCGAUGUAUCGGUGGUACCGAAAUGCACAGGUGUGUUAUGCGUACCUCAACGACGUCGACGAGAAGGUCUUCCCUGUCAAGCGAGAUGAGGACAAGUUCGACAAGUCCAAUGGCUGGCCGGAGUAGUUUGUACGGGGCUGGACGCUACAGGAACUCAUCGCCCCAAAGGAAGUCAAGGUCUUGCAUGUGUGUUGAAGGACAUCACGACAAUUCCACCCGCAGUUGUGAGGGAUGGCCUAGCUGCGAAGCGUCCCAGUCGCACAAAUCAUGUCCUGGGCCGCCGACCGGAAGACGACGCGUGUAGAAGAUCGGGCGUAUUCGUUGAUGGGGCUGUUUGGAGUGAACAUGCCCAU